GCCAGGUCUUUCAUUUGAAGCUGCACACGUCAUGGGGUAGUAUCAGUCUAUGCAAGGAUUAGUUUCUCUCUUCUCCAUGCGACCCAUAUGGGAGGAUGUCGAUGUGACGUGUAGAUAACUAAACAACUAUAAACAAAAGUAUUAUUCAACGAUUUAUUAUUCAUAGAAAAGACAAUCGAAGUGGAAACAGUUUUAAUAGAGCUAUGAGACUCUGCACCAAUGGGAUCGAUGAUGCGGCAGUACUCGCUGCUGCUACUCAUCCUAGCAUAUCCGACGAUGUCGUGGUCCGGCUGCCGAGAGGCCCAGUUACCUCGAGAUUGCGAGACUCUCUGCAACUUCGAUCAGCAGGGCCAGGUGAUAAACUGCGAGCUCAGAGCCGCCGUAUUACUGCCGGCCGAUUCUCGAUACGAAAUUUCCCUCUUCAAAGUCUUGCCCGUGCUGGAUAUGGCCGUUUACGCGGCGAGGUCGUUAAAAUUACUUCCUCAUUGGCUGAAGCUGACUUUUCUCGCGCAAGACGAUGGCUGCGACGCGACUUACGCACAAAUCGGCGCUAUCGAUAGCUACUCCAAGUGCGUGCACGUGUUUUUUGGCCCAACGUGCGAUUACUGCGUUGCGAGCGUGGGAAGAAUUACAAAGUUUUUGAACGCCCCUCUGAUAACGACCGGAGGAUUCACCUUCGAUUUUACGAAAAAAAAGAAAACUUGCCAGGAUGAAUAUUUUAUGACGAUUCGUAUGGGAAAUUUGGCAUUUCGAGACAUUGCCUUGUUUCUCAUAGACAUUUUGGAUGAGUACGCGUGGAAGAAGAUUCACCUAUUGUACGACACCAACGGUCAAGCCAAAGUCGCUGGACGACACACGUGCCAAUUGAUGAUGAAGUCAAUAGUCGAGUACAUAAAAAAGAGACGUGAUCUUGAAUACGGAACCUUCGAUCUCGAUGCGACCAAAAUUAGCGAGUAUCCACAAAUUUUAAAGGAACAUGUUGGGACAUCUUAUGCUGUCGUCGUGAUGUGCGCCAACUCGACGACCAUCCGUGAGAUUCUCCUGGCCGCAGAGGAGCUGGGCAUGGUCGACUCCGGCGAGUACGUGUUCUUCUCCAUCGAGCUGACGACCAGCGACAACAACACAAAGGAGCCGUGGCGCGUGGAGGGCGACACCGAGGCCAGAAACGAGAAGGCCCGCAAGGCGUACCAGGCGCUGCUGACCGUGACGACUCGCACCCCGGACAACCAGGAGUACCACAACUUUUCGCGCGACGUCAAGCAGCUGGCCCAGGAGCGCUACAACUUCACCUUCGGCAACAGCUCGGUGUCGACCUUCGUCACGGCCUUCUACGACGCGGUGCUGCUCUACGCCCUGGCGCUGCGCGAGAGCCUGCCCGACAAGCCCGCCGAGGUCAAUCUCGACGGCAGCAACCUCACCAGGCGCAUGUGGGGACGUAGCUUUAAGGGUAUAACCGGCGAUGUCAAUAUUGACGAGAACGGUGAUCGUAUAGCCGAUUACUCUCUGCUCGACAUGAAUCCCAAAACUUCCAAGUUUGAGAUUGUUGCAAACUACUACGGAGCUAACAAGACACUGGAGUACAUACCGGGUAAAAGGAUACACUGGUCGGGCGAUCGGCUCGAGCCACCACCGGAUACGCCGACCUGCGGUUUCGACGGAUCGCUUUGCCCGGAUAAUUCACUGCCGGGCUACGCCAUACUCUCCAUUGUACUCAGCUCGAUCGUCGUCUUUCUCGUCGUUGCCGCGGUCUUCAUACACAGGCACUACAAACUGGAAGCGGAAAUAGCCUCAAUGACGUGGAAGGUGCACUGGGAGGACGUCAUUGUGAUACCGAACGGCAGGCUCAAAGCCGGAUCCACGUACUCUUUGGCGCCCAACAAACAGCGAGGCAGUCAACUGAGCAUAUAUUCCGAGGAUAACGUGAGUCUUCACGGCGGAGUGGACAGACGCUCCUUCAUACCUACGGGCUUCUACAAAAAUAUGAAAGUAGCCAUUAAGCCGAUUCCUGGAAAUAAAGUAGAUUUAUCAAGGCCCCUGCUACUCGAGCUUAAGAGGAUGAAGGACCUGCAACACGAUCAUUUGGUGAAAUUUUAUGGAGCUUGUGUUGACUUUCCUCAUUGUUGUCUGCUUACCGAAUAUUGUCCCAGGGGCUCGCUUCAGGACAUAUUGGAAAACGGGCAGAUGAAGCUCGACCGAGUGUUCCGUGGCUCAUUGAUCCACGAUAUAGUGCGCGGUAUGGGCUACCUGCAUGCCUCGGAGAUCCGUAGCCACGGCAAUCUCAAAUCGACCAAUUGCCUCGUGGAUUCGAGAUUCGUCCUCAAAAUAGCGGACUUUGGACUGCACGAGCUGAGAAUGCCGCAUUAUCUCGACCCCGAGGAGGAUCGCGAUAGCUACGCUUACUGGAGGAAGCAAUUGUGGACGGCGCCGGAACUGCUGCGAAUGGAGCGUCGCCCGGCCGAGGGCACCCAGAAGGCCGAUGUCUACAGCUUCGCCAUAAUCGUGCACGAGAUCGAGAUGCGCCAGGGUCCGUUUUACCUCGGCCCAGGGAAUCAUCUUACCCCCCAGGAAAUCGUCGAUGGAGUACGAAGGGGUGGUGGAUCUCCGCUAAGACCUUUCGUCGAUGAUACUUCCGUCGACGAAGAGGUUGCUUCGCUGAUAGACCGAUGUUGGGGCGAGGAUCCAGCAGGACGACCCGAUUUCGCGGGACUCAAAGAGAUCGUCCGUAAAAUCAACAAAGACAGCCGAAUUAACAAUCUCUUGGACAAUCUACUGUCGCGUAUGGAGCACUACGCGGAUAAUUUGGAGAAUCUCGUGGCCGAAAGGACCGCCGACUAUCUCGAGGAGAAGCGCAAAUGCGAGGAACUUCUCUACCAGUUGCUGCCAAAAUCCGUCGCGUCUCAGCUAAUACUCGGCAAGAGCGUGAUCGCCGAGACCUACGACCAGGUAACAAUUUAUUUCAGCGACAUCGUCGGUUUUACGAGCCUCUCGGCCGAAAGUACGCCACUUCAAGUCGUCGAUCUUCUCAACGACCUCUACACGUGCUUCGAUUCGAUUAUUGAAAAUUUCGACGUUUAUAAGGUGGAGACGAUCGGAGACGCUUAUAUGGUCGUCUCGGGCCUGCCAGUGAGGAACGGCAUGAACCACGCACGAGAGAUUGCGCGGAUGAGCCUUGCUCUCCGUGACACAGUCAUGACUUUCAAAAUUCGCCACAGGCCUAGCGAGCAGCUGAAACUGCGAAUUGGCAUGCAUAGCGGUCCCUGUGUAGCAGGCGUCGUAGGCCUAAAAAUGCCAAGGUACUGCCUGUUCGGUGACACGGUAAACACGGCCUCGAGGAUGGAGAGCAACGGAGAGGCUUUAAAAAUACAUGUAAGUCCGAAAACAAAGGAAAUACUCGAUACUUUUGGAACUUUCGAUUUAAUCUGCAGAGGAGAAGUCGCAUUAAAGGGCAAAGGCACGAUGAUAACUUAUUGGCUAAACGGCGAAAAAGUCGCGCCAGAAAUGGAUAAUAACAAUACGUCGACGACUACGACGACGGCGUCGCAGCAGCAGGUCUUGCGCAGCGCGCAGGUACCUGCGAUAUCGACCCCUAGGCACACUCUCUACGCGGAUCAGCAUCGUAACGGUGCACCUCCGGCUCUGUCGCCGUCGCAUCGCAACACGAACAAUCAACAACAGCAGCCACAGCAGCAGCAGCAGCAAGUUACGGCCGGCGAGAGCAUGCCGAAUCACAGUUCCGAUGGUGGAGCGAGUGCGCCACUACUGCUGUCCGUGGCUUCCGUUCCAUGAACUGUUUAACGAAUGAUGAUUAUUAUGCAUUUAAGACGACGACGAGUGCAUGCUGUGUUUGCGCGACUAUCGUGUGGUGCCGAUAUUAUAGGUAAACUGUUUUUCCUUUAGCUUAAUUAUUAUAUGUAUGGUAGAAGCAUUUUUGUACCGAAAUAAUCAUUGCCUAGAGUUGAUAAAUUGAUGUUUCAAAUCUCUCAUCGUACAAUAUUAUUCUCAAAGCUUUUCAAUCUCUUUUGUACAAAGAUUGAUUUAGUGUACUUCGUGGAGUAUGGUUGGUUACUCCACAAAGUCGUCUGUACAUAUUUACAUGAAAUAUUUGCAGUUAAAAAGUAAGUUUCUAUUCAGUCUACUGCGCUGCAAAGGCAAUUGCAGUAGUAAUUCCAAUGUACGAAAAAAAAACAAUUAUGUUUUUUGCCUCUUCUCAUUUUCUGAAUGCCAAAAAAAUUGAAUAAUUAUGAAUCUAUACGUAUAUAAAAUGAACAAACACCUUAUUCGUCAGUAUUUUUUUCUUAUUCAUCAUCGUUUGGUAAAUUAGUCAAUUACGUAGGUGUAUUUUAAUGUCGAGUGUACAAUUGUGAUCGUCUCGUAUUUUAAAUAAACAUUUUUAUUCACCUGCUGUUUUCCUAUCGAUUUACUAAAAUAUUAAGAAUAAUCAUCGGAGAGUGCAUCUCGCAAGCUCCGAAUAAUGUUUCAAAACUCUUUUAGCUCGUAAGAAUGUGGUGUAGUUCAAUAAUGUAGACAGAUUCAAAAUAUAUUAUUCUAAUUUCCAUCGAUCGUUAAAAAACUUAUUAAACUUUUAACGAUAAAAAUCUUGGGAAAAAAUCUGUUUGUAUUUGACUAUAAUGUUUAUGGCUGUUUGAUUCUAUAUUCAGAGUAAUUGUGGACCAGAGAGCUGAUGAAUCAACGUUUGCAUAAUAUUCUCAUCCAAAGAUAUUUAGUGUAAAUUAUUUAAUGUUAAGAAGUAAAAACUUUUAAUAAAGAAGAUAAAAUAAUUUAAUGUUAUUGAAGGUACGGUUAAAGAAAAAUGAGUAUGCAGUACAAAAAGUGAAAGUCUAGAAAAAUAAUUGAAAAAAAGUACAAGGAGAAAUUGUUUGGAAAAGUGCAUACUUACUCAUUAUUUUUCUUUACAUAAUUUUUGAAAUGAUGUAAGAUUUUGGUUCAAUAAUAAUCUAUGCCAUUCUUGCAAGAAUUAUCCAUGAUAGUGUCGUUCUCUUAAAUUGUGUACAGUCACUUGUUCUCAAAGUCAAUUUUAUUCAUCAAUAUUUUUAAAUUGAAACAAAUACCCGUCAUGAAAAAACGAGUGAACGAUAUUUAUAAGUAAUUUUACAAUCAUAAACGAGAGUUCUCGAACGAGACGCACAUAUCAAAGAGCUUCCGUUUUUUUCACGCGACAACGCGUCCGCCUUUCUAUUUUUAUUUCACUUUCUUGAUUCUCGACGCAGUGAGUGCAUCUCUUCCGUCGCGCAUUUUGUCAUUGUGUAACUUUUCCUUGUUAAAAAAAUUUUCUCUCGCAUUGCUAAUUCAAAUGAAAGUUUCAAUUGUGUGUCGUAUUUUUAGACCUUUGCGUAUUUCAAAAUAUAUGCGACUAUUAAGAAUGGAAAAUCGCGAUUUGAGUUAAAUAUUAGGUGCGUGGGGGCUGGAUCUUCACUUGAAAAAAACUUUCGGAAUUACGAAUUUUUUUUGUCUUAUUACGCGAUAUCAUUUACAUUCCAAUCUAUAAUCUGUAAGUAGCUGAAAUGCUUAAAAAAAAAUUUUCAAAAUACAAAACUAAUUCAAAAAGUCAGAUGAGAAUGAACGGUCCAAAAAGAUUACAGAGUGUGUAUAAAAAAAUUAAUCAUGUUGAAGAUCGUGUGAAAUAUAUUAUAUGUGGAAUUUUAAGAGCACUAAAGAAUUAUUCCUUAACGAGUAUAAAAUACCAAGUCAUAAAAUUGUAAUAAUGAAUGUAAUAAGAAAGUUUAUCAAUGCAUGCAAGUUUUAAAGUGUAUACAAUUGUUGUCGUAUAAUAUUAUACGUCAUAUGCAGAAUAAGUGUAAAUUAUAUGCAGAAAAAAUCGGUUAUUCAUUAAUUUUUGGUGACUUUUUUCCAAGGUUUUCCAAGAGUAAGGAAUGAAAAAGAUCUAAAAAAGAAUAAAUGGGUGCCAGCCUAUGAUAUGCAUAAAAUUAUGAAAAUAAAGUUCCAUCUUUUACGAAAACAAAUUCUUUU